AUGACCAAGACAGGCAAGUUUACACCUUGGGAUGAAACCACUGGAAACAAGACAACGACUGCCAACAACACUUCCUAUAUCUUAUCCAAAAAGCCUUUGGGAGAUGGAUCAUAUUCUGUUGUAUUUGAGUGCAAAAACACAUCUACUGGAAGACACUAUGCCGCAAAGAAAUACACCAAGAGGUUGAUGUAUGGGUUUGAGAAUAUGCUUAAAAACGAAUUUAAAGUUUUAAAUCGAAUUUCUUUAUCUCAUAGUCAUCUUUUGUCACUCAUAGAUUUUUUUGAAACUGAGGAGAGCUUCUAUUUAGUGACAGAUCUAGCUCGCGGCGGAGAUUUAUGGAACAAGAUAGCUGAAGAAGAAAAAUUAAAUGAGCAAACCACUCGCACGAUAACAAGACAAUUGGUGGAAUCUGUCGAGUUUCUUCACAAGCACCAAAUACUUCAUCAUGACAUCAAAGCAGAAAACGUAUUUUUCCAAAGUAAACACCAAGAUACUAUCUUAUUAGGUGAUUUUGGUCUCGCUAAAAUUUUACAGCCGCAGGAAAAAUUGCAUGAAGUUGCAGGGACUUUAAGUUAUAUGGCACCAGAAAUGUUGGACUACAAAAUUGGGUACGAUUUCCCCAUCGAUGUUUGGGCACUAGGUGUGUGUGUUUAUUUCAUGCUAUGUGGAUAUAUGCCUUUUGACUGUGACGAUGACGAAGAAACAAAAGAUGCUAUUCGUAGCCGCAAAUACCUAUUCGAGCCUAGUGAGUAUUGGGUCGAUGUUUCUUCAGAAGCCAAAGAUUUUAUAUUAGCAUGCUUACAGGUUGACCCACAAAAGAGACUUACUGCAAGUCAGCUACUCCAACAUUCAUUUUUGAAAAUAAAUCUGACCAAACCAGCCAUCACAAUACUGCUGCCUCUUAAGAGAUCGUUUUCAAAUUUGUCAGCGUUGCAAAGAGAUCAAAUCAAAAAUAUUCUUCAAAAGGUAGGAGGGGUGUCAGCACCAGCUUUAUCACAUUCGAGUUCCAUAAAUGAGAAACUAGAACGCGGGCGUUUUGACUCUUUGAACAAAGAUGCUACAUUAAAUGGAGCAAUAUGCCCAUCACCCGAAUGUGUAUCAAUUUUUUCAUCACCUGCAAACUCUACUUCAGUUUCAAGAGAUGGAUCUGGUCUCAACAUUUUUGAAGAGCUGUUAAAGUGGGAUAGUAGCCAAAAGAAAGCAUUACCGUUGAAUACCUUGAGGCAAGGAGCAAGCUUUGCAUUAUGA